GGGAACCAGAUUAUCGGAAACCUCUGACAAUUCCGUUGAAAACUUAGUUGGCGGUAGUGUCUAUGUCUUUGUUAUUUUGUUCAGAAAUCCAUGUGUUAUUUCUAGUUAUAAAGAUAAACUGAUAAGCUUUAUAUUCAGUGAAUUUACCCGUGUGUGAUGGCUAGUGUAUUGACAACAGACGUUGUUAGUGGCAAUGGUGGAGUUAGCCAAGACAAGUGUUCGCCACUUGCAAACAGUAAAUCUCCUGACUUGAAAGGUGUUGUUAAAGCGGAGUACAUGAGGCUACGUAGAUUAAAGAAACUCAAACAUACAGAACAAGUAAAGGCAUUGUAUAGUGAUAACCGUAAAGAUAUUCAGGAAGACUUGGAAGAUCACCAAGCCAUGUAUACAAAUCCAGAAAUACAAAGUUUCUACACUCCAGAAAUACUUACAGCAGCUACACUUGACAAGAAGUGUGAAAUUACAAGUGCAAUCAAAGAGCUUGGUGUGCAAUCUGUUCCACUCCGUAUGAUGAAUCCUCUCAAACCAAUACCAUCAAUGUAUUCAUGGGCUCCAUUACAGCAAAACUAUGUGGUUGAAGAUGAAACUGUAUUACACAAUAUUCCAUAUAUGGGAGAUGAUCUUUUGGAAAAAGAUACCUCUUUUAUUGAAGAGCUUAUCAAGAAUUAUGAUGGAAAAGUUCAUGGAGACAAGGACAAAUCAAUGCUUGAUGAUGAAUUGUUGAUUAAUCUUGUACAGUCAGUUUCUGCAGCCUUUAAUAAAGAACAAAAUGAAUGUUCAAAGAGUUUUCCUGCAUUUGCUGUGUUUGAAGCCAUCAGUGAAGUUUUCCCAGAGAAAGGGAAACCUGAGACAUUGAAGCACAUGUACAAAGAUUUGCUGGAAAAAAAUGAUCCAAGUUCUUUACCAGCAGAAUGUACACCAAACAUUGACGGUCCUAAUGCCAUGUCAGUACCAAGGGAGCAAACUCUGCACUCAUUUCAUACAUUGUUUUGUCGGAGGUGUUACAAGUAUGACUGCUGUCUACAUCCUUAUAGACCAAGUCCGAGUAAGUUGAUGAGGAAGAUGCCAGACAAGAAGCAGGAACCAGAACCAUGUGGUGCAGAUUGUUUUAUGCACAUUGUUGGCUACAAGGAAAAGGAGGUAUCUGUCUCAGAUUCCGAGAAGUCGGACAAAGAGUGUAAAACUGAGCGUAGCAAAUCUCCUGUAGGAAUGAUAAAAGGAAAGAAACGUAAAACAAACGGAACUGGUAGUGGUAGUGAAGAUAGCAAUGAUGGCGUGGGUUCCAUUAUGAAAGCAAAAUACAAAAGUUUGGAUUUGAAGUACCCCAUGAAAAGUAAGAAGGUUGUGAAAGAGUGGACAGGAGCUGAAGAAUCUUUGUUCCGUGUACUGGCUGAGAUGUAUCGAACAAAUUAUUGUGCAAUAGCCAAACUACUCUGGAAUAAAAACUGUAAACAGGUAUACGAGUUCGCUUUAAAAGAGAUGAUGCAUCUACCUGAUAUUGACAGUGAGGAUAAUGAGAAAACGCCACCUAGGAAAAUUAAAUCUAAAAAAAGACCAACAAGUAAAGUUUGGGCAUUACAUUCAAAGCGAGUACAGAUGAAGAAGGACAGUAACAUUAAGACAGUGUCAAACUAUGUACCAUGUGAUCAUCCUGGUAUGAGAUGUGAUGAUACCUGUCAGUGUGUGAUGGCACAAAAUUUCUGUGAAAAGUUUUGUCAAUGUAGUGAUGAAUGUAAAAUCGUUUCCCCUGGUUGUAGAUGUAAGGCUCAGUGUAACACUAAACAAUGUCCAUGUUUCCUGGCGGUGAGAGAAUGUGACCCAGAUCUUUGUCAACCUUGUGGUGCCGACCAGUUUGAUACUGAUAAAAUUUCGUGCAAAAAUGUUAAUGUUCAACGAAAUCUAAAAAAGCACUUACUGUUAGCACCUUCAGAUGUAGCUGGUUGGGGAAUAUUCUUGAAGGAGUCGUGUGAAAAAAAUGAGUUUAUAUCAGAGUAUUGUGGUGAGAUUAUAUCACAGGAUGAGGCAGAUAGACGAGGCAAGGUCUAUGAUAAAUACAUGUGUAGUUUCCUCUUCAAUCUUAACAAUGAUUUUGUGGUUGAUGCAACACGUAAAGGAAACAAGAUCCGGUUUGCUAACCAUUCAGUCAAUCCAAAUUGUUACGCUAAGGUAAUGAUGGUGAAUGGAGAUCACAGAAUUGGAAUCUUUGCUAAACGACCAAUACAAUCAGGAGAGGAACUUUUCUUUGAUUACAGAUAUGGACCAACAGAACAACUAAGAUUUGUGGGUAUAGAAAGGGAUGUAGAGAUGAUCUGA